UGGCUUACCAUUGGCCCACUUUGCUGUGCUGGACCAGUACAAGAACAGUUCUGUCACCUUCAGUCUCCUACAUUGUUGGUUGCUGAAAAUCCUUCCACUUUUCUCUUUGCCUCUCCAAAGACUGGUGCUGGGAGAGGGGACCUCUGGAGAAGGCAGGUCUGCAAACCCAACUGUGAAGAGAGUGCAAAAUGGUGUUGAAAUAAUUUUAAAAGGCUGGCCUGAUGCAGCAGAGCAUGGAGUGAACAACUCGAAGUUAAAUUGAUGGAUGACCAACAAGAUAAGAAUUGUGCCUCAGAAGACCAAGAAACAAUUCUGAUUAAUGGGGUGAAAGAGGAUGAACCACAUGACCUGGAUGGUGACGAGAAAGCCUCCCAGGCUGCAGAGGCCGCCGCCCCUUUCCCGGCACUGUCCACAGCUGCCCUGAAAGAGAGCCACGGGUGCCACCGUGCCCAGCCGGCCCUGACUUCAAGGAAGCCCUGUUGGCUGAACCCUCCCUCCCCGCUGAGACUGGCUGAUGUACCUGACCACAUUUCCGAUGACUCCUCCUCCGUCCACGCCAUUUCCCUUACGUCGUGCGUGACCAAGGGCAUGAGUGCCUGGUCGCUGCCGGGUGACUGCGAGAAGGCUCCGUUCACGAUUAUGGAGCCAGGGAGCAUGUCGGCGCUCACCGGAGACUGUUUGAUGCAGCCAAGCCGGACUUGCCUGGGCUGCUUUAUUGAAUCCAAGGACGGCAUGGAUGCAGAGCCAGGGAUAAGCCUCAAAGUGGGCGAUAUAAACAGGGAUUAUGACACCUGUCCGGUUUCUGAUAUAGGAAUUCAUUGCAUGAGCACAGGAGAAAGCAUGAGAUAUGGAGAUCAGCUGCUCUCAGACCAGCUCUUAAGCUUCCCUUUGCAUAAAUCGAGGGCAGCAGACAAAAGAGAUGCGGAGAAAUCUGACAGCGAUUCAGAGGACCCCACUCAGAAAAAUUAUUAUGAGGGAUUGCUAUUAGACAAGUGCAAUGGGGAGGAGCCUUUACUAACCAAUCCCAACCAGGAAUGGGGUUAUUUUGAAUCUUUCAUUAGUGAAAGCAAAAUUGAGCUGCUUGACCUUUGCUCCAAAAAUGAGCUUUCUGUAAAUCUGUUUUCGGAGGAAGAUGUGGACAAUUACAUGUUUGAUGAUGAUGAUUCGACAUUGGGAAGUGACGUUUGCUCCUUAAAAAUCCGCUACGAAUCCUUCCAGGACAACGUGAAGGAAAAGACUGGCUCUCUGCAAGAGGAUGCCCAGUUUAAUUUCUUCCCGAGUGUGUUCAGUGGAUGCCCUAAAAGGGAAGGCCGAACAGCCUUGAAGAGGGGACCUCGAGGGGCCACCGAUACUUCCCAGUUCAAAUCUGAGGAGAGCAUCAUUUGGGGGGAAGAGGAGGUAGAUGGAGAUGGGGAGGAGGAGGAGGAGGAGGAGGAGCAGGGUGAGAAAGUCGCCUUAAGCAAGUCUUGCACCAGUACAGAGGUGGUACAGUACAUUGGCCCCAAAAGAAACCACUUCUUGGAACUUAUGAAUUCCACGGAGGAUUCUGGGGAAUUCAGUGAUGACAGCAGCUGUACUGAAUCUUCCUUUGAUGUCCUCCAAGAUCUCAAGGACUGCAACAAGUACCUGCCAAGAGACCAUUCCAGUUCCUUCAUACAACAGAACUAUGGCCUGCGAGCAAAAAGGAAAGUGCGAUACAGCGACGAUUACCUGUAUGACGUGGAUUCCAUUGAGAGCGAGAAGAUUGUGGAUAAGAAGGAGUGGAUUCCAGAUGGGCCCAAGGAAGAGGACGAUGACGAGUGGUGCCCAAAGAAGAGGCGAAAAGUUUCCCGCAAGGAGCCCCCGGUCAUCAUCAAAUACAUCAUCAUCAACCGCUUUAAAGGGGAGAAACACAUGCUGGUCAAGCUCAGCAAAGUGGAUCCCAGUGAAACGACAGUUACCCUGAGUGAGGAACUGCUGAGCAAAUAUGCCAAGCUGGCCCCCUUGAAGGCUUUUUGGCAAGAGAGAUGGCAGAGCCGGCUCAACUUUCUCAAAUCGGCACUGUACCGCAAGCAAAGCUUCUAUCUCAAUGGCUCCGAGGUCUCCUUUCUGCCUCACCCACGGAAGCGCAAGUGCAAAUUGGCAAACAGGCACAGGAUUCAGAGAAUCAAGGCCAUCGAGCAGCCCGUGGGCAAGCCUGGCUCUUGCUCUUCAGACCCAAAGCAGCUUUGUCGCAGAAUUGGAGACAGCGAGGUUGGCCUGAAAGGGAUGCCAGCCCUGGCUAUCGCAGCCCCCAACUGUGCAAAUGGUUUGCAUUUGAACAAUAUUGCCAGCCUCGCCUUGCCAAAGUGCAAAUCGCAGGACCGGGAAUUCAAGGGGCCCGAGAGAAAAGUGUUGCGCAGAAUCAAGUUCAAAAGUGAAGCCAGGUUGAAAUGCAAGCGAAUCAAGGCCAGCGCCAACCUGGCCGAGGCUUCCCCAGCCUUGGAGAAUCAGGAGCCUGCGACGAGUGUAAAGGAUGAAAGUGUUCCUUGUGCUGCAGACGGCUCUCGCCUUUCUGAGUGCCAGGAGGGUAAGGUUGCUAAAAAUUCUUCGUCUUUCCUACCCACCACCUGCUCUUCAGACAAGCCUCCUCCAUCUGCUAAUCUUGCUGCCAAUGUGCCCCUCAUCCCUGGAGGGUAUCUGCAGACAUUGUUAGAUGCCUCUGAUUUGUCAAGCAGCACUGGUAUUGCCUACUUCAGUCCUCAGCCCCCCGAGCAGCAGCAGGAUCCACUCCCCAGCCUCGUUCAAGCAAAGAAGCCGCUCUGUGCUCUGCAACCUGCCCAGAGCUGCGUUCUGUCCCCACCUUCGGAGUCGGAGCUACAGCAGUCCCCGAGCCGCUUGGAAAUGGAGCCAAGCCACUUCGGCAGCAUCUGGCCAGCCGGCAAAGCCUCCAGCAACAACAGCCAGGACUUUGCAAGCGACUUGCAGGAGGCCCCUGCGCUGUCAACGGCAGAGUUUGGGAGCUGUGCGGGUGCAGACGGCCUCCCGGCCUCUGGAUACAGCCACGUAAAUCUGAGUAGCAGCAAAUUACUACACCAAAAAAAAUAUGUGUCAGAUAGCCAGCAAUCGCAGUCUGAUGACUCUUAUCAGUCAUGUCAUUUUAAUAACAGAGAGGGACAUUUUCAGUUCCAGCGAGGUACGCUAAGCACAGACGAUGGGAGGCUUGUUAGUUUUGAUUCAGUGGGCUCUUUGUCAGUUAGCUCCAGCAAUUACAGUUCCCUCAGUUUAAAGUCCUGUGAAAAGGAUGGAGAAGAUGAAAUUGCUGAUGAUUUCUUGGCCCAUUGCAGUCCCAAGCUAGUGAUUCAGCAAAGCAUAGACGAAAUCACACCUUUGAAGGAGUCUACCGACCUUUUAGAUAUUUCUAACUUCACCCCUGAUAAGUUCCGCCAGUCGUCCCUUUCAGAAAUGUCUCCCCCAGAUACCCCAAACCUUUCCCCACAGAUAACUGGGUCAGAAACCAAACCUCUGGGAACGAUGAAAUGUUUCCCUGAGAGCUCUCAGGCUGCGCUAAACAACCCUGAGAAGGUCAAGUGGAGCUGUGGGAUUCUCCAGACCCAGGACCAGGCCAAUAAUGGAUUCACUUUAAAUAACCAUCAGUUUCAGUUCCAUAUGUUUAAUGAUGAGGAUUCUGUCAGCCUCCUCGAAAAAGGCCCGUGCUUGUCAACGUUUAAUGAGCCAUCUGGCCAAAUUAGCAGCAACAGCAAAGUGUCAAAAUCAAAGAGGAAAAGUUCAUCAAAUAAAAAUGUGGGUGCAACCCAAAGCCCUCCCCAGAAAAACACUCGGAAAAAAUCUCCCAAAGGCAACAAAGGGACUGAGAAGGUGCAAAGCAAGAAUUCCAGGCAACCUCCCAAAUCUGCAAGGAAGGGGAAGAGUGCAGCUGGGGUGCACGGGGAAAAGGUGCCAAGCGUUGGCGGGCGAGCAGCAGCUCCACUGAACCAUGCGGCCUCGUCAACAAAAGCAUUGGUAGAAUCCAUUCAGCACUGUAGCCCAACCUCCCUCAGGAUAGGGAAGCAUAAUGGGCUCCCUGGGGAAUGGGCGCUGGGAAAAGACAGUGGCGGAGGCUGGUCCGAAACCAGCAUAGGGAAUGCUCACAGCCUUCUUGAUGAUGAUCAAAGGGAGUUUGAGGAGCCAUCCAAUAUUCUGUCCAACAUUGCCUCUGGGAUGGCAGAUGUCCAGAGGUUCAUGAUGGCCUCCAUCGAACCCUUGUGGGGGCCUGUUGCCCAUAACAACGUAUCCGACAUAUUCCGGUCACCGGAAUCAAACAGUCUGAAAUUGAAAACCCUUAAGAUUCUGGCCGGGACGUCGCAAGAAUCCAAGAAAAAGGUGAACAGCAGUUCUUCAGGAGCGGGGAAGAGUCACAAAGCGGGGGGCAAGGGCUUAAGCAAAGCCAGCAGCCGAGCUGCCUCGUGUGACCCCGGGCGCCCCAACUGUUCCACUGGGUAUGCCACAGACAUUCACUCUCCCUUUUUUGAUAAAAGCUAUAGUAACCUGAGCACUUUAGCCAAAAAUGAGCCCACCCAUAAAAAGCUGUAUCGGCAUAAAUCGACGUCUAAGUCACUGAGGGAUGAGAACUGUAAAGGAAAGGGAGCAGAGCGCGAGCCAGCCCAUAAGGGCCCGUCUGGGACAGCUUCAUUCGAAAAACUGAGGUAAUGCUACACCAAACGGGCUGGAAUGCAACUGCCGCUUCUCCCCUGCUGCCUCCUCAUUUUUCCCUCCCUGUGAAAGCAAGAGUUGCAUGAAAGAGACAUUCCCCCUUUUUACAGGUCUUUUUUCGGUUUUUGUCGUUGUUCUUAAAGUGCAUGAACAUACUUAUUUCUUGCAAGCUACCUAAAAGAAUGACCAACUCUUUCUUUCUGUCUGUCUGUCUUUCUUUUUUCUGGCUUGGCUGGGGUUAAAAACAAAACUAAUGAGACUCCUUUUUCUCGCUGUUUGGCUUCUUGGGUUUUAAUUCCUUUAUUUAUUUUUAAGGGUUAAUU